GAGUCUCGAAACUCGCCACCGAUCCGCACUCGCUAGUCGCCGCUCUCGCCAGUCUAUUGGAGGCUCUGCAGUGCAGCGGUGUCCUAUCAGAGUGCGCUCUCUAACCAUACUCACCCGAUUUCACAUCAUACAUCGAUACGCCUGUGGGAUUACUUCCAAUCGUUCUCCAUCCAGUGCAUCAACGUUUUCAGUGAAUGUGAACCUCGGAGGCGAAUAUUGUGACUUUUUAAAGCCUUCUCAAUUCGACCCGCGCUUAUAGACGCCGGUCUUUUCCGACAACAGAUUUCGAAAUACAAAUAUACAACAAAACUGGAAUUCUUAUAGCGGAUCACUAAAAGAUGACAACAAUGAAGAAAACAAAACACUGUUCCAGUGGAUGGUGGGUGGUUCUACUGACUGCCACAUUAGCAGUGGGAGCCAUAGCUGAUGCUGGCGUGGGUCUCUAUAACGCUAGACUUAAACAGAUCGUCACCUCCAGUACACUCAAAUGGGCAACCUUAAGGAAAGAAGCCAUGGAAAAUUAUGUCAUUGGGGCAGAGUCACAACAAGGUCCUAUUUACUUGUGCAGAACGCGACAUGAAGGCGACAUGCUUCUGGGGCAACUAAGACCUGACUACACUUCCUGCGCUGUUUCGGGAAGUAAGAGCUAUACUGUAUUUGAAGUACUAGAAAAUAUUGAAAACGCUUCUUUAAUCAUUUGGAACUCCUGGUAUAAAUUCAAUUCAAAACCGAGCGGCGGAGUUGUUGUGGAUUCUUCCGUUGAUUCCGUUUUCAUAGGUCGAAUAAAAGCAGAUAAAGGCUUUUCACACAACAUCGGAAGAAUCAUUUAUGACAGUACUGUUGGUCAUUUGAUUACAUUCGAUGAAGAAAAUACUGAGUUAGAAGAAAACAGUGGAGAGAUGUUAUUAGAAAUUGAACCAGUUAAGUACAAAUUAGAAAAUGUUGAGUUAGAUUUAGCAACUCAACACGAAAGACAAAUGGAUCCUCAAGUGUAUGAGGAACGCAUUUUAAGAAACGAUGACGAUGUUGCCGCUACCGUAACGACUGAAAUAGAAUACAAGUAUAAUUAUACUUUAUCUUGGGGUCACGGACACGGCAUCGCAAUCGGUCUGAACACAACAAUAGUAAUGAGCGAUGGAACAGUAUUUCCGCAAAUCGAAUGGGCGAACCCAUUCAGUGAGGAAAGAAAAGAACUUUAUAAGCUGGAAAAGUAUCUGGAACCGGGAACCGCAUGCAAUGUCACCUUCAGAGGGAACAACACAGACCGUGAUGUGCAAUACACAGCAAAAUUAGUGACCUACUAUAGAGACAAUGAUUCGCGAUCGAGACAAAUGAGAGGAGAGCGAAUCGAAAACACAGUAGAAGUUGAAGCUGUAUACGGUGAAAUCUAUUACACUGUGAACAACACACUCGUGCCCAUAACCACGACUACCACGACUACCACUACCACGACCACUACAACGACACAAGCGCCACCACAAGAGCCUUCAUCAUUAGAAAAGAACGACGUUGGCAUGAUAAUGGACAGCAAUGAUAUAUUGGUAGACAGCAGCGAAGAUAUGGUGAAAGCCCCACCCGCUAAAGAAGACAUAAAUCGUUCUGUGGUCGGAGGGCUUGGCAGCAAACCGGAGAACGGCGCUAAUACCAGGAUUAUUUGCUUUACGUUGUUUGUGCCAAUAUUUGCGCUUCUUCUUCUAUAAAAUGU